AUGGAUACCAGGAGUAUAGCUGGCUCUUCUCUAUCCGAGUACCAGCCAGCCCCGCCCGACUCCACCGGCAAAGGAAGCCCUAAUGAUACAAUGGGAAACAAACUGCGCGAGUUUUUUCGGUGGAUGUGCACCCCGCUAGGAGCCUGCAUCACAGUAUAUGGGCUAAACAUCGUCGCCUGGGGCGGGAUGCUCUUCCUCCUGAUGUGCAAUGCAGCACCCGCGAUGUGUCAUCCAACUUGCGAUAGUCUCGAAUCCCCACGCCGUAUCUGGAUUGAGAUCGAUUCUCAAAUACUGAAUGCUUUGUUCUGCGUCACCGGAUUUGGCCUGGCUCCAUGGCGUAUUCGUGAUCUCUACCGGUGGUGUUGUUGGCGUUUGGCUCGAUCAGACGCGAGUCGACGAAAUGCACUCAAUCGAUUAGCUGAGAUUCACCAGAACUGGUUUUUGAAAUCACAAGAUCCAGAUUUGCUUCCUCGGACUAGCAAGCAGUCCGACCAAGAAAUACAAUGGGUCACGCCGACUCCAUUGUGGAAGAUGGAUGUUGUGGUAUGGGGCAAUAUGCUUAACUCAGUCUUUCAGUUAUGUUUGGCGGUUUUCAUGUGGGCGUUCAAUCGAUUCAAUCGUCCAAGCUGGACAACUGGGCUUUUUGUGGGUCUUGCAUGCGCUGUUGCUGGCGUCGCUGGUAUUUUGAUGUGGUUGGAAAAGAAGCGAGUUCAAAAGGGAAGUGAGCAUCCGGGUGCUCUCUUGUUAAUCCCACGAGCAACAGAUCCCAUCAUUUUGGGCGGUGAAAGCGCAAAUUAUAGUCCCGUGGAUCGUAAGCCAUGA